AUGUCUCCAGCUUCCAGAUCAAAGUCCAAGGACAGAAAGGCCAGCAAAGAACUCCAGAAGGCUUCUUCUAAGCCUUUGUCACAUCCUAUUGCAGCUAGCAAUACUCCAGUCAAUGGAUGCACUCCGCUUUUGGGAAAAUUUCACAUGCUUGACACAACACCAACAUCUUCUGCUUCCCCUCUUCAGGUAAGUGGCCGUUUCCGGAACAUAGAUGAGACAGAUGACCAAUCUGGGAACACAAUUGGGACUGGGAUGGAGUAUGAGACUGGUUCCAACAAUGGUAGCUGCUCUGGUGAGUCAGAAGAUCAUAAAGAGAAAACGCCACAUAAUCUAAUUCGCCAGGAGGUAGUACCGGGAGCUGACAAUGAAAAGCGAGAAAAAAUCCGACAGAAGAAUGAGAGGAAGCAUCAACGUCAAAAAGAGAGGCGAGCCCAGGAAUUGCAUGAGCGAUGUAGUGGCUUUCUUAUGUCAAGAAAGCUGGAAGCUCUUUCUCAGAAGCUUGUUACGAUGGGAUUUUCUUCAGAACGGGCAACAAUGGCUCUUAUACUGAACGAAGGAAAAAUAGAGGAAUCAGUGGCAUGGCUAUUUGAUGGAGGUGAAGAAGCAGAUGAGCAAAUGGAAAAUAACCUUGAUGGGGGUAAUCUUAAAAUUGACAUAUCAGAGGAGCUAGCACGAAUUGCAGACAUGGAGAUUAGGUACAAGUGUUUGAGGCAGGAGGUUGAAAGAGCUGUUGUUGCCUGUGAAGGUGAUCUCGAGAAGGCAGCAGAAACUUUGAGAGUGCAGAAGCAAGACCAACCCUCUGCCCCACCAAAGCCGGAAGAAACUGGUGAUCCACCAACUGUCAGCAAUGGCAAGCUUUCAGGAUCUGCCAGUCAGAAUUCGUUGAGGUCUCAUCCGAAAAGUGCAUCUACUACCAUACAGCAAAAGAGAGAUGAAAAGGAUUUCAACUACACAAAAACAGCUGCUACAGUUGGAGCACCUGUUGAAUUGGGGAGCAAAAACGUGCAGACUUCAAGGAAAGUUCAGCCUAAAUUGGAAUGGGCAAAACCACAACUGGGUGCGGCGGUGCCUACAGACAAAAGGUGGCCAAGUGCAGCAGGCACUACUUCCAUCUCCUAUUCUUUGGCAUCUCCUUUGCAGGCAACGCCUCCAGCAGCCAAGACAGAAAGCCGAUGUGUGGCCCUUGGUAGUGAAUUGAAGAAUCUUCAGCUCGGAUCAGUUAAGGAACCGGUUGUAGUGAUGCAACGACCCCAAUCUGCCAAUGCAAAACAAGCCCCGGUGACAAGCAUAAGUUCAUCUCCUCCUGGGACAGCCUCCUGUUGGUACCCAAACAACAUAGAAAUAGGAAAGCCUAAUGGAUUUUCACCCCAUAUUUCUGGUACAAGAAGCCUCACCCCUAACAACUUGAGUUCAAGUCAAUUGUACAGUCAACUUCAUCAUCAACAGCACCCUCAGUUCAUGCCCAGCAGUAGCCCAGCCGAUUCUGCUGGAGCAGGCCGGGGAAAUGGUCUGUGGAACAGAACUGUUACAUCGCCAACGAUUGCAGCAGCUUCCUCCCUCGGGCUUUUUACCCAGUUGGGCUCGAGUCUCCCAUCAGGUUCACCACCGCCGGUGGACUGGAACACGGGUGGCUCCAUGCUGCAGUUGGAUUACGCCAACAUAGAUUGGAGUCUGGAUCGGAGGUCAACUAGCUCAAUGCCAAGUACAAUAUGGCAAGACAUGAAUUCUGUGAUGCCAAACAGCGCUCAUAUAUAUGACUCUUACACUUCGGGACCGAGCAGACGGACUGCCAUGAGACCAGCUCUGGGCAAUGGCGGCGGCGGCGGUGGGGGUGCGCCGAUAGCCGGAUUACAAGACGGUGGAGUAGCUUCUGCUGAAAUGACUGGUGGUAGUGGUGGUGGUUCUCGGGAGUGGUCGUCUCCUUUUGAGGAGAAAGACCUCUUUAGCUUACCCAGACAGUUUGUUUCUUCUCCAUCCCUGUAGGUGAGUGGAGAGGACUUUGAAAAGAAUAAAAUGAAGAAAAACAUUAAAAAAAAAAAAAAGGAUAGACGAGAAAUUGUGCUUUGGAUUUAAUUGGCGUUGGGUUUUAUGA